AUGGUCAUGACCCCUCGAGGUGAGCUGCUGAAAACCGCAUUGGCGCUAUACCUGGUCCUCGUUAAAGAGAACAUCACCCUAGAAUUGCGGGCAGAGGGCCUACCUGAGCUUGUUGUGGAGCACAACCUUCCACUACGAGACGUGUCGCUGUCGGGACAUCACCACGUAUGGAAAGAAUUGGGGUUGGGCAUAAGCAAGAUUGUCCAGGAGGUGUUGGCACCCGCACUCUCAGCGAUCUUGAAAAAGUCCUGUGGCGAAGACUGGGACGAAGUUCUCAAGAAUUUUGAGGUUGCAGCAAAUACGCAGUAUUGGAGUCCUCAGAGUGAUGAGGCCUUGAAGAAGGCGAUCUCCGCCAAUUGGCCGGCUGAUCAAUAUCUACGCAAGAGAUACAGGAACUGCAAGAAUCCGCUUGGUAAAGUCGACUACACUAUUGGGAAGGCGGAUCAUGACCCUACACAGGAGUAUCUUGAGUUUCCAUUCUGCUGCACGAUCGCACUUACAAUUCCCCAAGAUGACGGCGAUCACACAUGCUAUCCCCUCUUUUGGCAGUGGCGCGCCCGAUACCGCUUGUAUCGGCAAAAAGAAAAACCGCUCGAUCGUCCUGACACGAUCGAUGAGGACGUCUCUUCGGGCGACACAAGCAAAGAAACUGCGAUCACAGAUUCGCCACAGAUGUCUGAUGUCUCCUCCGUUGCGACACGCCCCGCUGAAUGUAGCUUGCCUCGGCCAGAGACUCCGGAAGGGCGGAGCGAUGCUACCAGUCAGGAAACGAUGACCUCGCUGAAACCUCCGUCGAUCUUCAAGAAGUUCGGAAAGACGAUUAGAAAGUUGGGCUUGUGA